AUGUCCCUAUUGGACUUUUGGGAGACGCAGCGGCCUGAGAAAAGGCGGCGGACUUCUGAGAAGCUGAGUGAGAGUCACCAUGCAGAGAAGGUGGAACCUGAGAUCAAGCAGCCGCCUAGUCCGAGUCCUUCGGUCGAUUUAAGAGAUACACCUGCGCCUGCUGCUGAAGAUUUGGGAUAUAUUCCUAGCAGCCAGACGGAUCUCGAGACUUCGCUUCCUGCCAUCAAGACUGAUGAGGAUGCCAUUGAGGAGUAUGAGACGUCUAAAGAUGAUGCUGAGCCUGGGUUACAUGUGAGACUACGGGAUGGAGUCUGGCAGAGAGGCAAAAGUUCCAUCUAUGUUGAUGCGUUCAAUCUGGCACUGGGGACUGUGCUGGAUGAGGAAUCGCAUCUGUUCGAUGAGGCUGAAAUGGAAAUCUUCAGGCACUGGCGGGAGCUAUCCUAUGAAUCCCAAUACCUCUAUGUGCGGCUAUUCCUACGCAAGACCUCUGCAUGGCAUCGUAUCACCCGACUGAACUAUUACUCCGACAUCUCGGAUUUAUUCUCAGUCGCCGAAGACCUGCAAAUGAAGCGAAGUCUACCCGACUUGAAUCUCGAAGAGACAUUCAGAUUCGCCGAGAGCAUAGAAGAGAUAACAACGCUGGAAGAAGCGGCAUCCCUUCUGCUACUCGAGGAGCUAAAAGUAUUCGCAAAAGAAGCCAAGGUGCAAGGCAAAAGCAAGAAGGAGCUGCUGGCAGGCCUUCGCGAAACAAGUCAAACACAGACAGGACUCAAAGACACGAACAACAGAGAUGGCCACUUCACCCAGAAAAUACUGGACUACACGGGUGGAUGUAUCCGGCUCUCAUCCGUCCCCCGUGCACUCUUCGAGCGAGUACAUCUAGUCUUUUACAGAUCAACCGAGUGGACGGAGAAAUCCCUUACAACAAUAAUCCUGGCAAAAAUGUCCAAGAGAAACUUCCCCGAGUACAUCGUCUGCCGCUCAAACUCGAUAUUCGCAUCUAGAGAAGCACUACUAGAAUUCGAAGCCGCCAUUCAAACCCAAUUUGCGAUAGACAACAUCCUUGAAUUCAACGGACCACCUACAACCGAAUCCUUACAGCACAUCAUCGACCUAGCAAAUAAGUAUCACCCCCGAUGGAAAGAAUUAGUCAACCAAGAACAACAAAAAGAAGACAGCAUCUAUGAAAGCGGCGAAGGCGCCUAUCUACGCCGAUUCUCGCCAGCAUGGGUAUUCACACGAAUAAUCCACAAAAGCCUACACCCGCUCGGCCGAUUCAAGGAACAUAAACGCGAGCACGAAGUCCUUGAAGAACUCCUCGCUCAACGACUCUUCCAUGCUGCACGGCGGGGCGCAUGGUAUCAGCGUAAAGCUUUGCUGGAAGAACAUUACAUGGCUGCUCUGACGCCGACCCAGGAUCGCAGUGAGGAGAAUCAGCGGAAGCAUUGGAAGAGGAUUGCGUUGAAGACGUGUGAGACGGGGUUGGAAGACCCAUUAUGUCAUUUGAUCUUUCAUUAUGAUUUGCAGAAGCGGAUUACGAAGCUUGAGAAGGCUCUGAGGGUUGUUAAGCGUGAGCAGCAUGAUUUCGGUCAUGUCAUGCUUGGGAAACCGGCUGAGCGGGUUGUUGAGGGGAUCCGGAUUGAUAGUGAUGAUGGGCCGAAGAAGGGGAAGGCGACUGUUUGGGUUGAUGAGAGGGAAGGGGGCGAGUGUCGCGUUGAGACUAUGUGUUUGAGUUGGUACCGCGACCAUGGCUGGAAGGGGUAUCACUCUGAGGGUGGUAUUGUUCGGACUUUGUUUGGUUACCUCUUCUACGAUAUCCUGUUUACAUAUGUGCCCAACGUCUUCCAGACGGCGUUUCAGACAUGUCCGCUGGAUCUACACACGGAUGUCUUUUAUCCAUCUCGUGCAUCUGAAAUCAAUCAUCGACUUGUUGAAAUUACUAAUGGUGACGCAGAGCGUAUCAUUCGUGAGAUCCAUGCUCGGGAGGGAGAAGCGCAACCCUGUGCUGUUGGUCUUGAUUGGUCCUUCGAUCUGGAGGACUUGGUUGAGAUCGUGCAAUGUUUCCGCGGGGAAGCUCUUGCUACCAUUUGCAAGGUGAUGGCGCAGGAGUAUCAGCAGCGUGGCGGGGGGAUCCCAGACUUGUUCCUUUGGAAUCAUGAGACGCGGACAGUGCUGUUUUCCGAGGUCAAGUCGGAGAAUGACCGGCUGAGUGAUACUCAACGCCUUUGGAUUCAUAUCCUGCUGUCUGCAGGUGUUAAGGUUGAGCUUUGUAAUGCUGUUGCUAGGGAAGUUAGAACGGAGUGA